CGGGAGGCGCUCGCCGUUGAUAUGUCUGUCACGUUCGUCGCGUGGAAGCCUGAAUCAGCGAAUAAGGAAGCCGCUUCCAGGGAGCCUGGCUCUUCAGCAUGGCAGGUCAAGGCAGAGCAUCGGGAGGACCUUCAAGUAGAGGACGCUCCCCACCAGGACACUCUGAUAUCCCGAUUGCGGAUGAAGACCGGCUGCGUCUGCUCAUCUCGAAGUGUUACGAUGACGGAAUAUUGCCGGAGAAAUUCAAACAUGACGAGUGGAAAGUGGAAGCGGGAGUCAAUACGUUUGUUGUCACUCCGCGUCUUGAUGAAUUGACUACCUCGUGGUUGAGGGAAAGGACCGUCACUGUAAUCUUUCAAGGCGCAGCAAGAGAUCUUCCGAUGAAAGUGAGGGAAGAUUUGAUCAGGGCUUACGAAAAUGGAUGGUAUAGACAACGAAUCUUUGACUGCAACAUCAAAAGAGGUAGGGUGCACGCCGAAGGUCCUAAUGUGGUCUCCUACGUGGCCAAAUCAAGGGAGGCCGCCCAAUGGAUGAUCGCAAAAGCAGAGGACGGUGUGGUGAUCAGAGGAGUGGAGUACGGCAUGCUGUUUAAACCGUGGCUUACGAGGAUAGAAUUGGAGGAGAGAAAGCGUCGGGAAGAUGAGACAAAGUUUUGGGUGAUGGCGAUCCGAGUCCCUCUACGGGCGAUGUUCCAUGUGGAGAGCAUGGUUGAGACCUCCAUGGGUCACGUGAUCAAUAGCUUACCUCCGGAGCAAGAUAAGACGAGACUGAAGCUGAUGAACCUAAAAUUUGAAUUAGUCAAAGAGGCGGAGGACAAUUUCGAGGCUGAGUUACUGAUUCGCCUCGGUAGGGAGGUGUUGCAGAUUAAAUUCCGGACAAAGGUCGCCCGAGAGCAGACGAAGAAGAAGCUGAAGGUGUCAGCGGAUCAAGAUGAGGGGACGUUUCCUCGACCGAAAUCAGAGGCCGCUGGACGACUGACAUAUCAGAACAGCGUCAAGGGAAUUCUUACCCGCAGAGGAAGUCCGCCCACAAGCAGCAACCUGAGGAGGAGGCAUUGGGAGAAUACAGGACGUGAGACUCCAAGCUGGAUCGCAGAGCGGUGCUCGAAGCAGUCGUCUGACCACGUCCUAGGGCGCAAGAGCAAUUGGACUGGCAGGUCAAGAUCCGGCCAGAGGAGGAACUGCGAGGGAAAUCGCAAGACCGCUCGGUCCUAGACCGGAUUCUGCUCAGCAACAAGGUCUACCUCCUGGCCUACCGCCUCAGAUGUUCAAUGGAGGUUAUCAACCUUACCUAGCACCGUGGGGAUCGAUGGACUGGCAAGGGAUGGGAUUUCAAACGUAUAAUCCAGCCAUGGCAAUGGGUCAAAUGCAAUAUCAGAACGCCUACGGUUCGGUCAAGGGGUGAACUACGUCGCUCACGGAGCGGGUGGGAGCGAAGCAGUUUCGAAAAGCAGAGGCAGAUAGAGGCAAGGUGGCUAUUCAAGAAGGGAGGAAGAACAGGUGUCGCCACAAGCUCGCGUGGUGACGCUGAUAGAGGAGAGAGAUGGUUCAAAUGAGAAUCCUUUGCCUUCCCCCCAAGGCUCAGCUCAGGCUGCUUCUGAAAUGAAAGAUUCUCCAGGUC